AUGUUGGGAAGUGGAGACGAAGCAGCUGAGACUCGUAGAGCGUGCCGCUGCAACAGAGGCACGAGUGGAGAAUAUGCGUUGAGAGAAAUGCACGUGCUGCUGAGCGCGUUGCACGGUGUCGCGGACAAGCUCCAACUCAUCAACAAAAUACAAUUACCCAAGCUCAACAGUGAUCUUGCGCACCUCAAGUCGGUCACGGAUCGCAUUAUGCAGCAGAACGAACUGAUUCUGAAUAAAAUGGACGAACUAAAAGCAAAACGAGGGUUGCAAAUCAGAAGCAGGGAGGUGAACUUUCUACGAAAGUCCGAAUUGUCACCACGGAGUAAGAUCGAACGGAAAAUAGAGGGUCCGAGAAGGAAAGUAGAAAGAACAGAAAAGAGAGCAGAAAAAUUGGAACGGAGAGCGGAAAGACUGGAACGAAGAGCAGAAAGACCGGAGCGGACAGUGAAAGCGGAAGUUGAACGGUUUCCAGAUAAAAUGGCGGAACGACUAGUACGGUACAGAACGCGCCGCCGAGCCUGCCCGUUACCAAAAAUGUUUCUCAUCCUAAAUAAACCCCUCAACAAACGAAGGCGACGGCGUUAG